GGGUGAAGAAGAAAAUGAAGAUGCGAUUCGCUACGGCACCGUUCCUUGUUGCCGGCCGACAUCGCGGCCCGAUGCAAUUCCGAUGCCACGCUCGCGGCCUGUGGCUGGUGCAAGUGGUCGCGCCGCUGAUUUACCAUCACUGUUCCGCCACUGAAGCCCCCACGACCAUUUCCGGCGCAGCAUGGCUCACCACGUCCAGUCCUCAGGCGAUGCUGGGUUCGGCCAUCCGGUUCACGUGUGCGGCGCCCGUGUCCUGGUCGGCCACCUUCCAGUGGUACGUGGACGACGCUGUCGUCGAUGCAGACCAGUUCACUCCCGGACGGCCGUUCCGCGUCGGCCUUCGCCACGGCGAGGACCGCGCGUUGAUGCCCGAAGAGCUCGCGUACACUGUGCUGGAGGCGCGCGCCGAACAACCGAAGGUGGGCCGCGUCAGCUGCCUCGUCACCCCCAACGGCACUCGCGUUAAACAGCCGCGAAUGAGGAUGUCUUCACCGUACAUAAGCUCGGACAGUGGUCGCCAGCUUCACUACUCGCACAACACCACCUGCGGCCGCGAGCGAAUGUGCGUGGACGGGAAUUCCAGCUGCUACGCUGAUCUCGCCGCACAGGUUCGCCGUUGCCUGUGCGUGCGCCGCUACCCGUUCUACUCCGCGCCGCGCGCCUCAUGCCUCAAGCAUUACACGGGCCUGGGCUCACACUGUGUCAACGAUCUCGACUGCAGGGCCGAGCCGAACUCCGUCUGCGGUUCCACUGGCCGCUGCGUGUGCGCACCUUCGUACAGCGGCGAGUACAAGUUGGGAGAGUGUGUACGUGAGGUGGGUCUCAUGGGCGCCUGCAGCGCGGAGAGCAUGUGCAGCGUGGAGCAUUCGCACUGCAGCGCGAACCUCACUUGCCAGUGCUACCAGGGCCGGCGUUACGAUGGCUCCAAGUGCGUGACCGAUGUGCGCGGCGAGAGCCUGCGGCUUCGCGCCGCCUUCUUCGUGCUCGCCACCGCAUUAUGCCUCAUCUCGCUGGCCGCCCUGGUCGGCACGGCGGUCGCGCGAGCCGUAUGCCAGCUGCUGCCGCUCAGGCAUGGCGCACAGCACAGCAGGCACCGUCGGCUCGUCGUCAGACUGCUCUGA